AUGAAUGUUCAUAGAAGAGAUAGAGCCAUGCUCAGGCAGUACUCUCCCCCUCCCCCUAAUACUACUCAUCAUCAUCCUCACUUCACAAAUCUUAACCUAAAUCUUCACAACUCUAGCGCUAGCCCUAACCCUAACCCUAACCCUAAUCUCCCCACUUCUUCGGAAACUAACAAAUGGGCUGCCGGGGGCAACGAUAACAUUGUGUUCGGUUGUCCGCUGGAUCGGGGAGUUUCGGAUUUGAAGACUUCCAAGGCGGAGAUUGCGAAACCUAAUGUGUUUGAGAGAGGCCAUUGCUGUGGAGAUCGUUGGAACAAGGGUGAGAAAAUCAUUGAAAUUGGUACUAAUAAGGACAUUGAUUUGGAGCUUCGAUUAGGGUAUUCAGCUUAG